AUGGCAUCCAUAGAAUCACUUCUGAACCCGCUUCCUGAUGCAAGAGAGUUCUCUCUCCCAAGCCCGGCUCCGACGAGCUCCGACCCGGUUCCUUGCAGUGAAUCACGUCAGAAGAGACCAAAGAUCGCGAAGGAUGCUCCGAUCUUCCACAGGGGAAAAAUUAGGGGGGAGCUGCGGUAUCCACCCUGUGAGGAGCGCAGCGAAGCACUAAUUAAAGCGCAUCGCGAUUUCCAACUCCAUCCCAUGGGAGAUAUCAUCAAAUAUCCUAGACACAUACCCUAUAACAGCGACAAGAAGUCGUUCCAAGAGAAGACGGGACGAGAAAGCUUUGAAGUGUUUCAGUAUACGUUCAAGAUCCCAGGCCAGGAGAAGCAAUGGACCGUGACGUGGGACUAUAACAUCGGGCUUGUCCGCACAACACAUCUUUUCAAGUGCCAACAAUAUUCCAAGACCACUCCUGCCAAAGUCCUGAAUGCGAACCCCGGUCUUCGCGACAUCUGUCACAGUAUCACAGGCGGGGCGAUCGCAGCACAAGGAUACUGGAUGCCCUUUGAAGCCGCAAAGGCCGUCGCCGCAACUUUCUGCUGGAAUAUCCGCCACGCGCUCACACCGUUGUUCGGCGUCGACUUCCCAUAUCUAUGCGUGCCCCCCACCAACGCUAGUCAAUACGGACACAUGCUCAUAGAUCGGGAGAUCGUGCAAAAAGCCACCGAAACCGCGAAAUACUACCGAAUGCUCGAGCUCCGCGCUCCGGUAGUCACCUCCCUCCGACCUAUCUUCCACCCACCUAAACUCCAUAAUGGCGAGCCCGAUCGCUCUACCUCAUCUCCAGAGCGCAGCACUCCAGACAUAUACCAUGGAACCCCAACCAGUCCGGUCCACAACACAUUCACCCCGGUGAACACACCCCGCAGCACCGAAGCAGCAUCUUCGAGCCCACGGCAGGUCCUGGCUUCUCUUUCGAGUGUGCGCGGCAUAACCAACGACGAUAGUAGUUCCGAGGUGACCCAUUCUUCUACACCGUACUCUGAGAGUAUGGACACACCGACUGAGUGUCUAUCUGACUCUGAUGAUGAGUAUCAUGCUAGCGACGGUGCCGAUGGCAAUGCCAUCAGCAACAUCAUCCAGCCGCAAAAUACCUCAACGAAUGAUGAUGACGAAUACAAUGUUGAGACGUGCGCCCGACGAAAGUACAGAUCGGCGCUCUUCGCCCGGGAGGUGAAGGCUGCACAUGCUCUGCUUAGUCUGUGCAUGCAGGAUGCAACCGGCAGCGACGAGGAGUAUGUCUGGGUGGACUGGGGAAGGAAGAGACGCAGGGCGUCUGCUUAG